AUGCACAAAAAUCAAAAAGGUAAGAAGAUUUGUACUCCUGAUAAAGACCCCACAACAAUGAUAGAAACAGAUUUGAAGAGGAAAAAUGUGAAAGAUAAAAAAGAAACAAAAACACCAAAGAAAAUAAAGCGUCAAAGCAGAAAAAGUCCAUCAAAAAGGAAAACUCCUGAAAAACGAGAACUACAUGAUUCAGACUCUGAUUUUGAAAGUAUUCAUCCAUCAAAAAAGGCAAAAAAAGGAGUCACCAAUCAAGAAAGACAAAAAAAAAAAAAACCAGUGGUAAAGGAAUUUUACGCAAUGAAAAAUAGAUGUUCACCAGAGUCAUUACUAUCUAUAAUCCUUGGGUUGAGCAAAGAACAAAAAGAAUGUGUAAGAUCUAUGGGUUUUGGAGCUUUAUUAAAAAUGAAAAUCACAGAUAUACCACUGAAGCUGGGAUUUUAUGUUCUUCAAAAAUUUGAUUAUGAGAGAAUGGUGAUAGAUAUUGAAGGAAAGGAACUGAAAGUAACAGAAGAGUCUGUUCAUGACAUGUUGGGCAUACCAAUUGGUGGAACCAUACUUACACAACUGGAUCAGUGGCCUAAGGAUGAUACAAGUUAUGGUGAAUGGAAGCAACAAUUUAAAAAAGAUUCAAUCAUCCGACUGAGUGCAAUCAAAAAUGUUAUUGUUUCUACCACACAAGCUGCUUUCAAUUUCCAAUUGAACUUCUUAGUUCUUUUUGUCAACACGUUUUGCGAGUCAACAUCAAUGGGAAGAUGCAACCUGUUUCCUUUGAGUUAUAUUUCAAGAAAAACAUAUAUCAGCAACAUAGAAUGGUGCAGCUAUGUUUUGGACUGUCUUGUCAGAACAAAGAACUCAUACAUACCAUACUCAGAUACUAGCUUCUUUGUUGGACCUUCAGCUUUCUUGGUGUUGUUCUAUGCUGAUAACAUCCGCUCAGAAGCUUUAACGGUAACACGUAAACGUCCAACAAUUUGUUAUUGGAGUUCAGAGAAGAUUAGAUAUCGAGAGACAUUUGAACAAGAAAAAUGUAGAUUUGGACUUGGAGAAUUAAAUGAAGAAUUUGUUAAUGAACAAGAUGAAGGAGAGACAGAUCUCGAAGACAGUGAUUCUGAUAAAGAUGAAGAUCAUUCUGUUGAGGCAUAUGAAUCAAAAAUAUCUAAAAUGCUUAAUAGUUUUGAGAGGAUGAAGGAAAAGCUGAAUUCAAAGCUCAAUGAUGCGAUAACAAAGUUCCCUGAAAAGGAAAGUUUUAGGAUUUUCAAAGAAAAGAUGACAAAUACAAUUGUUGAAGAAAAAACUGAAAGCACAACACUUUUUGAAUUUCCAAGUAAUGAAACUGGAGUUGAAGGUAUCAAUUUGACACCAAUAAUGGGUCAAAAAACAAAUGAUCAAAAAGAAAAUGAAGAUGAUGAAGGAAAUCGAGAAGAAGAAAAUGAUAAUGAUGGAAGUCAACCGGAAGUGGAUUACUUGCUUGAUUCAAAUGAAGCAGAGAAUGAAGGAAUAAAGAAUGAUGGAGAUAAGAAUAAAAAAGAAGGUGAAACUGAAGUAAAAGAGAAAGAUGGAAAGAACAAUGAAAAUGACAAUGAUGAAGAGAAAAAAGAUCAUGAUGCUGAAGAAACAAAUAAUCAUGAAGAGACUAUUCAACAAACUGAAAAUGAAAAUUUGUUGGAUAAAGUUGUUGACAACAUUGUGGAUAAUGUCCUUGGAGUUGGAAUUUCAAGUUUAAAUAGUCAAGAAGAUGAAAUCUGGAAUGACCCUGAAAUGAAAACUAUUUUGGAUAAUAUUGAUAUAGGGUCACCAAUGAGUAGAAGUAAAAGUAAUACUCUUGCAGAAAAGGAAAAAUCAAAAGGUGUACAUGAAGAAGGAAAAGAAGUUGAAAAAACGAACGGAGAUGAUACAUGUAAAUGA